GAAGACUGUGAAGUACGAAAGUGAGCCCUUUGAUUGAGCAGCAAGACGCGGCAUUGUGCGAGAAAAGCCCAUCAACUUUAAAGCGGCAAGCAGUGCAGAGUUCAGUAACUACUUCAUAGUGUUCGAAUUGUAGACUCAUGGCCAGCAAAAAAGGUGAAUCCAGAGUUAUAAAAGAUGGUGAACUUCAAAGAUGUCAAAAAUCCCGGAUGUUUUUUAAGUCAUAUGUAAAGGAACAUGCAAAUCUGGUACUUUAUGAAGAUAGCUCUGUUGUUCUUGAAUUUAAGAUUGAUAAAGAUGGUCGUGUGAAAUACAGAUAUGAAAUGGAGUCUUGUGUAGGUGUGUAUCUCAGAGUUGAAUUUAAUGAGGCAAGAGCUAAUUGGCCAGAUGACAUUCAUGAUGAAUGUUGCUUUACCUUAGUGAAUCAGUUGGAAGACAAAAAUUUGUAUCUUAUUGCUGAAACUUCAAAAGUUGCACUGCAAUGGAUUUGGAAAUUGAGUCAGUAUGUGAAAGUUCCUGAAAGUGUCAAAAAAACAAUUACUGAAGAAUUCAGUAUCAGGAACUUAAUUGAUGUGUAUAAUGUUCUAAUUACUAAACCAUCACUCCUUUUGUCUAAUCCAGCAUCUUGGAAGCUUUUAGGUAAAAAGCUAGGACUUGCUGAUAAAACACUGAAAAAAAUUGAAGAGUUUCGUGAUGCUGAAGAAGACCGUCUCUAUGAUUGUUUAUCAAAGUGGAUAAAAAGAUAUGACGAAGUUGAUGAUAAAGGAGGGGCAACUUGUAGUAAUCUUGCAGAUUCAUUGACAGAAAUGGGUUAUGAGGAGAUUGCAGAAAGAGUUUUUAAAAAAUUUAAUAACUCUCCACUUAAUGGUGCAAAAAAGAAAAAAGAAUCGUUGAUGAAGAAAGAUGCUGAAGAAGAACCAGUCAAAGAACCACAGAGUCAGUCAUCUGGUGAUAAACAAUUUACACUAGAACUUGAUAACGCUAUCAAGCUAAGAAAUCGAAGAUCAGUUGCUAGCUUUAAAGAUCAAGAAAAAGCAAUAAAGAAAGGUCAAAAUGAAGAUCAGAAAAGAAAAAGGGCUUUGACUCUUGCUGACCAGAGUGAUAAAAAACAUGACAAAGACAAAGCCCUUGCUAUUAUCAGUCAAAAAGAUACUAUACUGGGCAUGGUGUGGGGAGCUAUCACUUAUAAGAUGCGUGAUACAAAAAAUAAUGUCAUUUCUGAAAUUGCACGUUUUUCCGAUACAACAAUCUCUAGUCUUGUCACCAUUAAUAAUGAAACACCACACGCAAUGACAUAUCAUCAGUGCUUUGUUGCUAGAGGACGGAUAUCAGACCGUGAUGCGAUUAAUCAAAGUACCAUUCCUGGUAACAGCCAGAAAAGCUAUUCAUUUGAAAAAUAUUCAUCUUUGUCAUUAGAUGGCUGUGCUGCUAUCAUUGUGCUUUCUGUCACCACUUGUGAAUCUACUAAAUGUUAUUUUGCAGUUGCUUUCAGGAACUACAUAAGAUUUACAAAAAGUUUCUCAAAAAAUAAAGCUGCUCUGCUUAUUCUUAAUGAUGCCACAUCAAUUGCCACAUUGUUAAAUUCACAAUUCUUUGGUGAAAUAAUGAGGAAUAAAGAUGAUAGUCCCAACUUUGCAGGAUGCUAUAAAGGUGACAUCUAUAGUCCUUCAUUUAUGUUAGCAUCGUUGGAUAGUUCACAAAAUCACAACUUUCGAAAUUUAUGCUUUCGCUUUGCAAUGAUUGAUGACCCUCAUAGAAGUCGAGUGAAUUUGACGGUGCAACAUCCAGAACUUCUUGGCUAGAAAACGUUAUGUGUGAUUUCUACGUACCUAAUGUUGUCUUCAAUGUCGAUCCAUUUAUAAUAGUAGUUCCUUAGUUAACUUAAUGAUAGCUGCCUAAUAACAAAUCGUGUGCAUGUGUUUUUAAAUAGUAUUAA